CUUCCUUAAAAUACCUAGUUUAAACAGUAUGUUUGCACUUAAGCACUUUAUAUGUUCAUAAUCCUGGUAAUCACAAGGACACAUGGAUCCAAGGAAUUGAUAGUAUUUGAGAAUCAGCUGCAAUAUCUUGUAAAAGGAGAAACAGGGUCGGUCGUCUUAUUCAGGUUUAUCCUAACAAUUAGCAGCAAGCCUUCCUUCCUCUAACCCAGCUAUGGAAGAUAACCCUGACGAUCUUACCAGAGAUUUUUGUCUCUUGACCUUUAGUAGAAGGUUGGGUUCCAGUGGAGUGGGGAGGCUUUCUCCCAUGAGAUAUGCCUUGUCUCGUCAUUUUAUACUCAUUUAAGAGAGAGGCCUUUGUUACCUAAACUUGGCGAAUACACUCUGAACCCACAAAAUUAUUUCUGGACAGUCCCUCUUUUGCUAGUCUCACAUAAGCUGUUUUGGUUUUGGGGGGAGUGAUAGGAAUCCUACAGACGUGAAAAGGCUUAGAUCUAGUACUAAAAUGCACAUAUGCUGUAGAUCUUUAUUUGGUGCUCGCCUAAUAUCUUCUAUAUACUCUGGAUAUGAGUUAUUUCAUAUACCUUUGAGAAAUACUCAGACACACUUGAGAAAAGACCAUAAGGCAGAAGUAUGUAGCCAGAAAGUAUCAGCUGACCUUUCAUUUCACUGUCAUUAAAAAGCUUUUAUAGAGGUUUGCAUUGUUUUCUCCAAAAGCAUUUGUUGUUUGAGUUGGUCAUUUUCACAGUUAACUGUCAGUUAUGACCUGCAUUUCCAGUCUCACCUUCAUUAUUUCUGUCUGGGUUUAAGUGCUUGGAGUGUAACUUACAAGUGUUUCUCUUAUACACAGGCAUUGAUCCUUUGCCAAUGAAUGGUUGAGAGAGGUGGGCAUGACUGAUUUCUAAUUGUGGUUUGAAAAGAGGUUGAUUUGAUGAACUGGAAAGUGUGGAACCUAUUCUAGUUGCUUCUGUUGCAACGAAAGGUCUCUUCAGGCCACUGUGGGAAGUGGAUGGGAGGUUUGUUCUUGAUGCCCAGUGAGUAUCUUUGCCUGACAAGUUGAGUUCACACCAGAGUUGGGUAAGGAAGGCUGGGUUGAAAUUUAAAUUUCUAUUGGUUGUCAGGACAGAGUUGAUGGAUUUUGUGUAUAUAUAUAUGUAUAUGUAUAUGUAUAUGUAUAUGUAUAUGUAUAUGUAUAUAUGUGUGUGUGUGUGUAUACAAAUACAUACAUGUAUUUGUAUAUAUAAAUAUAUGUAUAAAAUGGAGUGAAAAAGUGACGCAAACAGAUCCUGGGUAGCGUUAGGAGAGCUAAAUCAGUACGCACAUUAUUUACACAUAGAGCCAUAGGUUCAGAUUAGUCUCCGGCGUUUUAAGGAAAAUAUCUUUCUCCUAGGUUUCACAUCCUUUCUUUCUUUUCUUUCCCCCCCUCUUUCUUACCUGCCUCUUACGACUGCCCAGAAGCCACUCUUCUAGAAGUGGAAGUGGGGAAGACCUAGAAAAAGGGGCGAAGGAGAACGGAACAAGUAGCCAGCAGUCCUCGCUGCACCAGAGGAAGUGUUACCCCCGAGGGCAGCUGGGUUAAGACAGCGAGAAUUUUAAUAAUAAAGAUGAUUUCGGACCAAACCCAAACUCAUGCAGGGCAUAAAGAGAAAUACUCAAAGGGAGCCCACAAUACUGGAAGCAAAGGGACACUGGAGGAAAGACCAGGAGCGCACAGUUUGCUUCCGGUCAGAGAUCCCCUCGUGUUUCCAGGCUGAGGAAAAGGCCACCUUCCCAGUAGCAACACUAAAGAUACCAGUUAAAACUGAAGCUGGACUGAGGCCCUUUCUCAAAAGAGCAGACUUUCAGCUCAGUCUGAGUUUUUACGUGGUUGAUAAGAUUUUUAAGUGGGGAAGAAAAAACUCGGUUCAGUGGUCAACGGUAUUCUUUCUCUCUCUCUUUUUUUUAAACAUCACCCACAUAAAUUCUCAGUCGGAAAGAUUACCUCCCAAUGUCGAAUGCAAGGAAGAAAUUUGUUAGUUAAUAGGUAUCUUUAAACCUAGCUGAAAUCGUAGCCCAUUAAAGAGUCCCUGGCGCUCUCCGUUCUUAAUAUGUGCGAGGAACGUGACCUCUGAUGGUAAGAUCAGUAGCCCGAAGAACAGAAUCGAUACUUUGGGCUCCUUUUUGAAUUUCAUUACAAUUCUUAUCAAGCACUUGGUUAUUUUUUUUUUCCUCCUGGCCAAGUGUAUUUCAGGAAUGUGCUUGUCUAGACCUAUGAUGGCUGAGGUUUCCUAGGUACAUCUUGUGACUUGAAUACAGAAUUUUGAUGAGAUCUGCAUAGAGAGAUCAGGAAAUCUCUUCGCUAAAGUACUCAUUAGGUCUGGUUGACUAAGUAGAGCUGAUCCAGGAGCAGGCAAAUUGCUUCCGAGAGACUCAGUCCAGAAAAACAGCUCUGUAGCAGACAGCUUUUGACACCACAGUAUAUUCUGGGUAGCUGCUCUGCAGUAAUGCAGCCCUGUCUUUCUGGGCAGUGUUGUUAUUCCUGCUGCAUAAUUAGCAACUAGUGAGAUCAUAGUCUGGGGAGAUUCUGGCAUUACUGAGGCAAAGCAGGGAGGCUUCGUAUCGUCACAUGUGGCUCUGGCUCUGACAGCAUUUCUGUUUCGAGCAGAUUCAUAUUCUUGGGAACUUAGGUCCAAAGAUGGAGAAGGAGAGAGAUCUGUACCUGGGAAGUGCACUAUCCCUCGUGUGGCACGUUGAAAACACUGCCUGCCGUAUUGACUUUACCAGAGUCAAUUGUCACUUCUCUUGCUAUUUGUUUUCCCCUCGCUGGUUUCUUUACAGGGGGCUGAGAUUGUAAAGCUAAGUUUUCCUCGCACAGGGGAUGAUGACAGACCGGCCGAGCCCUAUUUUAUGGAGCUAUAUGAGAUCGGAAAAGCUUCUGGGUUUCGAAGGCAGUGCAGAUUCUAAUCUUCAGUCCAUUCUUUACAACCACAUUUGAUCUUUGUAGGAGGCCGGUGAGAAUCUUCACCCUUGUGAAGAUCUAGGUAAAGUGUUUCCCUGGCUUCUGAUAUACCGUGAAAUUUGGGGCCGAGAGCAGUGUUUCCCAAUGUGCGAUCCAAGGCUCAUGUGCCCCCCGAGAUUCUUCCAUAAUCGGGUGUGUGGAACACUGCACUAGCUGUGGGCUCUCACGCUUCACCGUGCUCGUUGGCAUAGUCAAGGCCUUCAAGCCAUCCUCUCAUAGCGCUUUUCUAAACUGUUUGGACACGGCAGUCCUAUUUCCACGUAAGGCUAUUAAUAUCCAUGGAACUAGUUUAUUUAAUGUACGCACUUUGGGAAACGCCAGGCCAAAUUUUCCCUAGGAGAAAUAAUUGGCUCUCGUUUAGGUUUAGGCACAGCCUAAUUCUGCCUUUGAUCCCCAGUCCCUCCUCCUGGCCCCUUGGGAGAGCUCUCCCGUGUGAGCACAAGAGCAGCUACCGUUAUCCCCGGGCUAGUGAAACCCAGAGCCCAGCUGGCGUGGAACCAAAGGCCUUCACUCUGCUGGGAAGGGUGCUGCUGUUACUCAUCUCAUUAUUCUAAGAGUGACUGGGACUGAAGGGAAACAUAAGUAGGAGAAUGUUGGCCAGAACAGGUAGAGAAAUGACCUAGUCGCAAGAGACCAGACAUCAGUGCUAGCUCAGGGACUUUCUUUCUUCAUUUGGAGAGCCGCGUGUAUAGACUUGGGAGGGAGGUCUGUCUCAGGACAGGAGUGCUGAUUCCUCUUUUCCCCUGGGCAGAAUCCUAAUGCGCCCGGCUAACUGGUGGUGAGCAGGGGCUUUGGGGCCAACGCCGUGGGCUCCCCAAGGAAACCCCUUUGAAACCAAUGGAUGCAUUCACGGGCUCGGGUCUCAAGAGGAAGUUUGAUGAUGUGGAUGUGGGCUCAUCAGUUUCCAACUCCGAUGAUGAGAUCUCCAGCAGUGACAGUGCUGACAGCUGUGACAGUCUCAAUCCUCCUACAACUGCCAGCUUCACGCCCACAUCCAUCCUCAAGCGGCAGAAGCAGCUGCGGAGGAAGAAUGUGCGCUUUGACCAGGUGACCGUUUACUACUUUGCCCGACGCCAAGGCUUCACGAGUGUGCCCAGCCAGGGUGGGAGCUCUCUGGGCAUGGCCCAGCGCCAUAACUCCGUGCGCAGCUACACGCUCUGUGAGUUUGCUCAGGAGCAGGAGGUGAACCAUCGGGAGAUUCUUCGUGAACACCUAAAGGAGGAGAAGCUCCAUGCCAAGAAGAUGAAGCUGACCAAGAAUGGGACGGUGGAGUCGGUGGAGGCCGACGGCCUGACCCUGGAUGAUGUUUCAGAUGAAGAUAUUGACGUGGAAAACGUGGAGGUGGAUGAUUACUUCUUCCUGCAGCCCCUGCCCACCAAGCGGCGCCGAGCCUUGCUGAGGGCUUCGGGGGUCCACCGCAUCGAUGCCGAAGAGAAACAGGAGCUUAGAGCCAUCCGCCUGUCACGGGAAGAGUGUGGUUGCGACUGUCGCCUGUACUGUGACCCAGAAGCCUGUGCCUGUAGUCAGGCUGGGAUUAAAUGCCAGGUGGAUCGCAUGUCCUUUCCGUGCGGUUGUUCCCGGGAUGGCUGCGGGAACAUGGCGGGGCGCAUUGAAUUUAAUCCGAUCCGGGUCCGGACUCAUUACCUCCACACCAUCAUGAAGCUGGAGCUGGAGAGCAAGCGGCAGGUGAGCCGCCCGCCAGCCCCGGACGAGGAGCCCUCACCCGCCGCCGGUUGCAGCCUGACGGGAGCCCAGGGCUCCGAGACACAGGACUUCCAGGAGUUCAUUGCUGAGAACGAGACGGCGGUCAUGCACCUGCAGAGUGCAGAGGAACUGGAGCGGCUCAAGGCAGAGGAAGACUCCAGCGGCUCUAGCGCCAGCCUGGACUCCAGCAUCGAGAGCCUGGGCGUGUGCAUCCUGGAGGAGCCGCUGGCCGUGCCCGAAGAGCUGUGCCCGGGCCUCACAGCCCCCAUCCUCAUCCAGGCUCAGCUGCCCCCGGGCUCCUCCGUCUUGUGUUUCGCCGAGAACUCAGACCACCCGGCCGCCUCGGCAGUGAACAGCCCGUCCUACUUGAACGGUGGGCCCCUGGUCUACUAUCAGGUGGAGCAGAGGCCAGUCCUGGGGGUGAAAGGAGAGCCUAGCGCGGAAGAAGUCCCGCCUUCUUUCCCCAAGGAGAAGGAUCUGAACGUCUUCUCUCUCCCGGUUACCUCACUGGUGGCUUGUAGCCCCACAGACCCAGCUGCCCUGUGUAAGUCAGAAGUGGGGAAAGCGUCCACCCUAGAGGCGCUAGUGCCCGAAGGCUGUAACCCUGACGAGCCUGAGAGCGAAGACUUCCGCCCCUCUUGGUCCCCCUCGAGCCUCCCCUUCCGCACGGACCAUGAAGAGGGCCGUGCGGUGGAGAAAACCUCACAGCAGAGUGAGGACAGGCCCCCCGAAGAUUCUUCCCUAGAACUCCCUCUGGCAGUGUGAGCCGGGGAUGGAGAUUCUGCCUCUGACCCAUUCUCUAUUUAUUCCCUUAUUUUAUCUAACACCGUUUCAAAACAAAACUGUAGAAGCAGCUGCUAUGCCCAUGUUAUUUUAUUGGGGUCUUGGGGGGAUGGGUGGGAAAGAAUCGUUUGUACGAGUAUUUUUUAAAGGGUAAACAGAACCAAGGAGACCGGUCCCAGCUGGAUGUGGGGAGAGUCUUGGGGCAGAGGAGGCCGCACAGUGCUGAAUACUGAGCUUUCUGGGCCGUUGGAACAAAGAACGAGGAUCUCACAGGAGAAGCUGGGUAAUUCGAGCAGCUAUUCUUUAUGUAGGGACCAGAACGCAAUAAUUUGAACAGCGUGGCAAAGCUCCCUUCUCCUUUCCUGAGCUCCAGGUGGGGAAGAAGCUCAAGUUUUCUCAUCGGUCACCCUGAUACCCCACUUUGGUGCAUAACGCAGUUGGAGUACCAUCUGGCCAGAUCUAGAGAGGAACGGGUAGAAGGGUCUCUGCUUCUGUAGAAAACCUCCAGAAUUUAGAAAAACUUAACCUGCCUUCCCUGGCCCCCUGUUUGGUAAAUAAGUUAAUAUUUGACACGUUUGGUGUCCUCCGACCUGUUCCCCACACUGGGGAUUCCUGGUCUGUAACUUGAAUUCUUUCUUUCACAUGUUCUUAGGUACUAGAGUUAAACUUGCCUAUUUGUCUCCCCCACCCCCUUUCUUUUUCCCUUGAAGAAAAAGCUAGAUUGGCUGGGGAUGUGGCCUAAAGAGCCUGAGGCUUGUGCCUGUGUAAUGCCGGCUCCGUCAGGCAGCUUCAGGCCGGGGCUCACACGUCCCACAGGAGGCAUAUAUGGAGCAUUGCCUGUGUCCCGAAAGAGGCAGCAGGAAAAGGCUGCUGUCUGCAAAGAAGUGGACUUGAUCUGUGCCAUGCUUGCUUUUUCACCCAGGUUCCCCCCGCCCCGCUCUGGGAGGUUUGAGCUUUAAAGGAAUGCAGGACGUGGCAAUCUAAAGUCACCAACUAGUUUUUGUCCUUUUCUUUCUGUACUACCCUUGUGGUCCUUGGAUAUACAGGGUUAAGAGAGUUUUGCUAUUCCAGUCCCCCCGCCCUGACAACUGCAAAUGUUUAUUGGAUCCCUCCAACUUGAUACAUAAAAAUUGGAAGCCAAACGAAUUCUUAAUUGCUACACACAGCUCCCAGGUUCCAAAGAGUUCAAGUUCUGACUGUUACUUUUGAGAUCUAUAGAGUGGGACUCAAAUUCGGGUCUUACCUCCAUGGGGGGACACGGUUCCCGUUCUUCUUAUGUCCAGCUCAUGUUCUAGGAUGCGCUCUGCUAAACACCGCUGAAUUCUUAUUAGUUCUCUUUGCGUCCAUUUUAAAAUGGAGUCAGUAGGGAGCAAAAAACACUCUCCACUAGCAUCCUUUACAUCACACCUCACUUCUGGUAUGGUUUAUUGACCAAGAAAGAACAAGUGGAAAACUGUUUGCUUUUGGUGGGGAGAGAACUCUUCCUACUUACCUUGCUCACAAAGCCUUUUCUUGUGGGACGUGAACGCACUCUUUAUGUAUGUCACAGCAACAUUUCACCUAGAAAAUCUCUAAACUGAGCCUGUGAGGCCUUGUACUUAAACGGAUAUGUCUUUUAACCCAGUCUGCCUCUCCAGUUCAUUCCUGGUUUUGCUUGGUUUUACAUUUGGAGGGGAGUUCUUCAGUACAAGACCUUGUCCCUCCCCAUCCUCUAGCCUCACAAGAGAGUCUUAAGCACCCGCGAUGUAGACACUAUCCCAAGCCAAGCCACACUCCCCCACGAUCGGCCAUCCCCUUGAAUAGAAGGCUGAAGCUUAAACUGCAAACUUUCUUCCUGAAAGCUUAUAUUGGGAGGGGAGCGUGGGCUCUAAACAUUCCCUCCUUAGGAAGGCUCCAGCCUCACCUUUGGAAGUGGAUUCCACCUGCUUGGUAAGAGACACUUUAGCCUUUGGGGUCAAGCCAAGAAUUGGAAUCUCAUUAUUAAACUCAUUGCCAGCCCCCAAGAGAUUUGAUUUUUCUGAAAAACUAGUUUCUUAAUCCAAGUCCGUCCCUCCAGGAACAACACUUCUGACUCCCGCCGAUCCCAAGUUUUUAAAUGCUGAAAUAUUAACACUGAGCAUUAACUGUCUUGUUAAGCAAAGGGCCUUUUCUACAACCUAGUCCAUCUCGUUUCUGGUGCUACCUGAGCUGGACACAGUUCUCGCUCAUGGUUGCUAGAAAAGCUAAGCCUAGGCCUCUGAUCACAGGACCGUACGGCUUCAGUCCCACUCAGUCUAGGCCUAGAUAAAAGAAAUCUCUUAUUACUGCAACUCUUAAGAUUUUCCAGUUUCCUUUCUCAUAUACUGUACACAGGUAGUAUUUUCAAUGUGAAUCCAAAGCUUGUCUGGUUCUCUGAAAACAAUUUUUUUUUUUUUUUUUUUUUUUUUGCCUUUUAGGUCCUUUACAUUGUGAUAAUGCUGUAUUUAAAGAGAAUAUUUAAAUGUAAUAUUAAAGAAAUAUUCAAAAGAAUGGUGUGUUAUUCUUUAUCCUGGCAGGCCACAACUUAGUUACUUGUUAGACAAAGGGUGCUUCUCCAGCGUUGUAUAGAAAACCAAUUAGGUCAGUUAGAUAUUAAUGUUAACAACAGAAAUGUUUUACGAUGGAAAAACAGAACAUUCUCUUUGGAGAGUCAAGAACUUGACGUGCAUCGUAUGCCCUUAUGCACCCAAGCUGGAGCACGCUUGAUGCUCCCCUGUUGAAGCUUUUCCCUGUCUAUAGUCCGUAUCCUGGGGGCUCAUCUGCUAAUCCCGUUUUCUUUACAAUCAUAUAUAUGUAAUCUUUACAGAUUGUGUAUCUAUAAUAUAUAUAAAAUUCUCUGUUCCUGGUUAUCGCGUUAAAAUUGAGCAGAGGAUCAGUGUCAAAUCCGUUCCCUCAGAACUUCCAUCCCAUCAGAAGCUUCUAUCCCAACCGACUACGUCUCCAUUAGUUAGGUUACGUCCGUCUUGUCAAAGGAGUUUUAGCAAAAUCAUCCGAGUAUGCAGAAGUCACUUCCAGCAACUGGUUUCAGGCAGUCUUUACUUGGCUUUAAAACAGUGCUUCAUGCAUUUAACAAUAAGUUAUUACACGUCACUAGCGUACAGGGACAAAAGCUAAACCCAACGUACUCUCGAUGCAGACCGCUCCCGGGCUCCCAAGCAGGGUGGUCGUUAGUGCCUUGGAGGCUUAAUCCAGGGCCCAAAGGCAGCCACUGGCAGUUACAGCCGGACUGCCGCAACUCAGCGGAGGUAGCAGAGUUUAAGAUCUGUGGAGGCUGCACCACAGCCCGGAAAUUAAGACAAGGGUGAGGGUGAAGGCUAUAAACACGGAAAGGGUCAAGUGGCACUUGUAUUUCCUUGCAUCGUUGCCAUCAGAAUGUUCCCAUAUAUGAAUAACUGUUUGCUUAAAAAAAAAAAAGUGUUU